AGUAACCCAUUGCUGUCUUCGAUGGGUAAACUCGGAUGAUGUCACCUGCAGCGAAAGGAAAUUGUUAAACUGAAUCCUUUUGUAAAGAAAGAGGAGAGAAUAUGGACGUUGCUGCACGGAUGGCUGGAAUUUGUUGGGAAUUAAAACGCCAAGCCCACAUGUCAGAGAUCAUCAAUCUUUCCCAGUUCCAUCCUGCGCCUCGUCUUUUGUUUGUCAUUUGUAACGUGUGGAAGAGCAAGAGUGGAUGCUUUUGUUAAGGACUCAUCAGUUGUUGUGAGUAAACAGAGAAUCAUGAACAUGGCACCUCGAAAGCGAAGCAGUCGGGGCCUUUCCUUCAUAUUCUGCUGCUUUCGGGGGAGUGACCACCCAGAGAUCACGUACAGGCUGAGGAAUGACAGCAAUUUUGCACUGCAGACAAUGGAACCUGCAUUGCCCAUGCCUCCACCUGAAGAACUGGAUGUCAUGUUCUUGGAGCUUGUGGAUGAACUGGACCUCACUGAUAAACACAGGGAAGCCAUGUUUGCACUUCCUGCAGAGAAGAAAUGGCAAAUAUACUGCAGUAAGAAAAAGGAGCAAGAAGAAAAUAAAGGAGCCACCAGUUGGCCAGAGUUUUACAUUGAUCAGCUGAAUUCUAUGGCAGUUAGAAAAUCGCUCUUGGCCUUGGAAAAAGAAGAUGAGGAAGAAAGGAAUAAAACCAUUGAGAGCUUAAAGACUGCAUUAAGAACACAACCCAUGAGGUUUGUUACCAGAUUCAUUGACUUGGAUGGGUUAACGUGUAUUCUCAACUUUCUGAAAAGUAUGGACUAUGAAACUUCAGAAUCUCGAAUACAUACUUCUCUGAUAGGUUGUAUUAAAGCACUAAUGAAUAACUCACAGGGCAGAGCUCAUGUUUUGGCUCAUGUAGAAAGUAUUAAUGUAAUAGCCCAAAGUCUUACAACUGAAAAUAUAAAGACUAAAGUAGCAGUCUUGGAAAUUUUGGGUGCUGUGUGUCUAGUGCCAGGCGGUCAUAAGAAGGUACUGGAAGCAAUGCUGCACUACCAGAAAUAUGCAAGUGAAAGAACACGUUUCCAGUCUCUCAUCAACGAUUUGGACAGAAAUACAGGAAGAUACAGGGAUGAAGUGAACCUUAAAACUGCUGUCAUGUCUUUCAUUAAUGCUGUCCUAAGUCAAGGUUCAGGAGAGGAAAGUCUUGAUUUUAGAGUACAUCUCCGAUAUGAAUUUUUGAUGUUAGGUAUACAACCUGUUAUUGACAAAUUACGUGAACAUGAAAAUGCAACUUUAGAUAGGCACUUAGAUUUUUUUGAGAUGCUGCGAAAUGAGGAUGAAAUGGAACUAGCAAAAAGAUUUGAUAUGGUGCACAUCGACACGAAAAGUGCUACCCAGGUAUUUGAACUGGUUAAGAAAAAGAUCAGUUAUACAGAUGCAUACCCGCACUUUAUGUCAAUUCUCCACCAUUGGCUACAGAUGCCAUAUAAGCGAAGUGGAAACACUGUACAAUAUUGGCUACUGCUGGACCGGAUAUUGCAACAGAUAGUUUUACAGAAUGAUAAAGGGCACGAUCCUGAUGUUACCCCUCUAGAAAAUUUUAACGUGAAGAAUGUUGUUAGAAUGUUGGUUAAUGAAAAUGAGGUCAAACAGUGGAAGGAACAAGCAGAAAAAAUGCGAAAAGAGCACAAUGAGCUACAACAAAAGCUGGAGAAGAAAGAAAGGGAGUGUGAAGCUAAGACACAGGAAAAGGAGGAGAUGAUGCAAACACUGAAUAAAAUGAAAGAAAAACUGGAAAAGGAAUCUCAGGAGCACAAAGCUGCUAAGAAACAGGCAGCUGAUCUUGCAGCCCAGAUCCAGGAUCUCAGCAAUAGAGCAAGUUUUGCUGCUGUUCCGGGUGGCCCCCUUUCACCACCUGGAGCCCCCGGUGGACCACUGUCUUCCUCUGCACUUGCUUCAGGCAGCAGGCCCACUCCUCCUCCUGCUCCUCCCCUUCUUCCAUCAAUGGGUGGGCUGCCAAUACCUCCUCCACCCCCACCUCCUGGUGGACCACCUCCACCUCCAGGUUUGCCACCAAUGGGUGGUAUUCUACCUCCUCCAGGAGCCCCUUUGGGUUCAGGACACAGAAAGAAAAAUAUUCCACAACCAGCAAAUGCUUUGAAAUCCUUCAACUGGUCCAAGUUACCAGAGAAUAAACUUGAAGAAACUAUCUGGAGGGAUAUUGAUGAUAUGAAGGUUUUUAAAGUACUUGACUUAGAAGAUCUUGAAAAGACGUUCUCUGCAUACCAAAGGCAACAGAAAGAGACAGAUUCUAAUGAAGACACAUUAAAUUCUACCAAGAAAGUCAAAGAAUUGUCUGUAAUAGAUGGGAGAAGAGCACAGAAUUGCAAUAUUCUUCUAUCCAGGUUAAAGCUGUCCAAUGAGGAAAUAAAGCGGGCUAUUUUAACAAUGGAUGAGCAGGAAGAUUUACCAAAAGACAUGCUUGAGCAGCUGCUGAAAUUUGUCCCAGAAAAGAGUGACAUUGAUAUACUGGAAGAACACAAACAUGAAAUAGAGCGCAUGGCUAAAGCAGACAGGUUCCUGUAUGAAAUGAGCAGAAUUCCUCAUUAUCAGCAGAGAUUACAGUCACUGUAUUUCAAGAAGAAAUUUGCUGAAAGAGUGGCAGAAGUUAAGCCUAAAGUUGAAGCUAUUCGUCUGAGCUCCAAGGAGGUUUUGCAAAGCAAAAAUCUGAUGCAGCUGUUGGAAGUGGUGUUAGCUUUUGGCAAUUACAUGAACAAGGGACAAAGAGGCAAUGCUUUUGGUUUCAGACUCUCUAGUCUGAACAAGAUUGCAGACACCAAGUCUAGUAUUGAGAAGAAUAUUACUCUUUUGCACUAUUUGAUUACAAUUUUGGAGAAGAAAUUUUCAAAAGUGGUGAACAUCCACGAUGAUUUACAGAGUGUUCCAGACGCAGCCAAAGUAAAUUUGAUUGAGUUGGAAAAGGAAUUCAGUAGUCUGAGAAGUGGUCUGAAGGCUGUGGAGAAUGAGCUGGAGUAUCAAAAGUCACAAUCUGCACAGCCUGGUGACAAGUUUGCCUCCGUAGUCAGUCAGUUUAUUGCCGUUGCAAGUUUUAGCUUCUCUGAAGUGGAGGAUCUUCUGUUGGAAGCUAAAGAUCUGUUUAAUAAAGCUCUAAAGCAUUUUGGAGAAGAAACUGGCAAAAUGCAGCCUGAUGAGUUCUUUGGCAUUUUUGAUCAGUUCCUCCAAGCUUUUGCAGAGGCCAAACAGGAAAAUGAGAACAUGAGGAGGAAAAAGGAGGAGGAGGAACGACGAGCUAAAAUGGAAGCACAGCUUAAAGAACAAAGAGAAAGAGAGCGGAAAGCAAAGAAAGCAAAAGAAGGCAGUGAGGAAGGAGGAGAAUUUGAUGACCUGGUUUCAGCUCUACGUUCAGGAGAAGUUUUCGAUAAAGAUUUUAAGCUAAAGCGCAACCGGAAACGUGUCAGCAGCCAAGUGACAGAUGGGAGUCGAGAACGACCAGCCAUGAAGCUCAACUACUAAGUCAUCAUCUGUAGUACAGAAUUAUGGCUGUGCGUCAGCUAACUUAUGUGUUACUAUCCUGUUGUGAUCCUGUUCACCAAUUAUCCUGCCUACUGGCCCUAUUAGUGGCUGCUGCUCUUCACAGCAGGCCCCUUUUCCACUUUGUAGCUGGGUUUUGCAUGCACCACUAUUAAUAAGAACUUUUAUGUGGUGCUAAAGCACAGGAAACAUUGGAGCAUUCCAAGGAUUUGCACAUCAGAUGAGUACAACUAGAUGUCCAUGAUUUUUGUAAUAAAAGUAUAUCCUUCCACAAUGCCUCACUACGUAAGCAUUGCAUCGCAACUUCUCCAUUCUGUUACCAAAUGGAUGAAAGAUGGUGCUGACACAAUAAGGAGAUGUGUAGAACUGGUGAUUAUUUUGAUGUGAAUCUGACAUGAAUAAAGCAUGCUGGAAAGACAGUGUUGACUUAAAUAAGUGAAGUUUAGAAGGAACAGUUUAAGUAUGUUUUUCUGAAGACCCUUGAACAUCUGUGGCUUUUGACCUGCUUCCAAGGAUUUGAGUGAUUUCCCUUGAUCAUUUUUAAAAAUGAUUCUUAUUUUGAAAAUGCUUUAUUUUAAACAUCAUUUUCUCAAACUAUUUUCAUGACUGAAAGUAAGUAUGAUCAUGGAAAUGCAAAUAUAGAUGUUAUCUUGGUGAUAUCCAGAUCGUUUUUGUUUUUAUAUAAAACAUUCCAUAAUUAAUGUGGAUGAAAGGGUUCUCUAAAGGGCAAUGACAAAUUGAACCUUUAUUCUUGCUGCUGGCAGCUCUACAGCAGGACCAUAACCAGACACAGAAUAUAGUUGAAGUGUUUCUAUUCAGUUAUAUUGGUGGAGGAGAUUAGGGAAGGGUUGGGGUGGGUGGGGGGAGGGCAGGGUCGUGUAGAGUGGUGAAUUUUGACUAAAAGAAGAAAUAAACUGUGUGUACUUGAAACUUGAAUAACAAAUGACAUUCAAUGUCUAUCUAAUUAACUGGCAAUUACAGUCUGAAAAUGGUUAUUAUAAAUAGGCUGUGUGAAUAAUUAAGGACAAUCGAAAUCUACAGCCUAUUUGUAUUUGGGCGUAUUUGGAAAGUGGUUUCAAACAUAAUAUAUAUUCAAAUACUGUAGCAAAUACAUCAAAUUUUCUAGCCAAAUUGUAAAGCAUUCAUUUGGUAACAACCAAUGAGCCUUUCUCCGUAACCAAAGUGCCUGCAAACAGGUUUGUGUUUAUGAAUAGGGCUCACUCUUACUUUUCUUAUUCUGGCUCUUGAUGUUUUGUUUUAAAAUUGUUUGGACACUGUACAGUUUAAACUAUUGGCUAGGGGAAGUAAGUGUUCUGAUUGGUCCUGUAAAGAGUGAGAACACAAUAAAAGCAUAGAUCUGACUCUGUGUUUGCGAAUGUGUGUGUAUAUAUGUGUGUGUGUGUGUGUGUGCGUGCACAUGCACGUAUGUCCCUGUGUCCUUCCUGUCAAACUUUGAUGCAUCACUUUGCUUUCCUUUCCAGAAUGGAAGUGUGAAAGCAGUUCCAUUGUGCCACUGUUAUAAGAAUGUUUUAGACUGGUGCUGGUUCAGGUAGAAGCUUGUUUGUUUCUUGGGUUUAUUUAACAAAUAUUUUCAACAAUGCCAAAAAUGGUUAUAAUAUUUGUAAACAAGAAUGUACACUAAGGAUCUCAUUUGUUUGGUAAUUUAGUGGGAUGUCAUUUAAUACAAAUGUGAGCAGUCACAAUUGCCAUGUACCUUUAUGACUUGUGAAAUCCUUAACGGUAAAAUGCAAUAAAGUAGUUGAACCAUU